CAGAAGGAGCUUAGAGAUGAACACGAGAGACAUACAGAGGAUGAACUGUCUAAACAAAGUGAGUAUAUUGACAAAACGAUACAUUUGUCACUCAGUUCAAGAUAUCAAUCUUUGCUCCGUAAAUGCUACAGCCACAUCUGCAUUAAGCGGACACCCUUGAGGAAUGGCCAACUGACCGCUCGAUACAGGUUAACCGUUUGAUUCAGGUUUGUCCCCAGGUGGCCCAAGCGUAAUAUUAAAUAAAGAGUUUGUAUGGGAAAUGAAACUUAAAUGAAAUAAAUGAACUAAAAGCGAUAAAAGUUACCAGUUAAGUGUAAAUAUUGUUACCUGGUGAUGUUGUCUGUGUUUUUACGAAGUUUCACCGCACUGCCAGGUCAGAUGAUGUAUAAGUACUCAAAUCGCGCUGAAACUUCAUAAAAACAAAGACAACAACACCAAGUAACAGUAUUUACUCAUUAUUGGUAACUUUUGUUGCUUUCAGAUCAUUGAUUUCAUCUAAGUUCAUUUCCCAUUCAAACUCUUUAUGUUAUAUUACGCUUGGGCAUUAUAGGUUUGUGUGAUUGCCCACCUACCCCUCCCCUAAGCCAACAUUAUCACCAUAUUUCUCACUUAGGGUAAAAUGUUGGCUUAGGGGAGGGGUGGGGGAGGUGGGCAGUUUCCCAGAAACGUAUAAUGAUUCGAAAUAUUCUAAUGAAUUAACUGUGGUUAUAUCAAUCAUAGGAAGAGAGAUGCUUCACGACAAGAACAAGGAAAUAGAUGGGUUGAACAAAGAGUUUCAAAGGCAAAUACAAGUUUUGGUUGAAGACCACAAGAAGGAAGUUGAUGUGAGUAUUCGAUGCGCAGUUUUCAAAGACAAGAUAUCGGGUAUUUACUUUACUUUAGCAAAGUCUCUACCAUUAACACAAUUUCAAUUUGUAUAACAAAUACGCCAUUAUUGAUUGUAGCUUUUGUUCUUGCAACACCUGUAAACACUCCUCAAAAAAGUUGUCGCCAGUUUAAAAUAUACACAACUAAAAAAUGGCAUUGAGAAAAAUGCGAUGUUUAUCACUGGACAAGAAAACCUGCGUUCCUAACGGAAUUUAAACCUGUUAUCCCCAGGAAAUCAUGCCGCGGUACUUAAUCCAGGUAGUUACUGAAAAACGUAUUGCGAACUAGGCCAUUUAUUAGCUUCACAUGUAUCAGGCGUCGUGGUUACCUGAUGGCAAGGAUGAUCAAUGUAGAAAGAGUUCACUGUGGCUUUGCAGAGUGUGGUAACUAUAGCCGCAUGCUAGAAUCCUAUAGACUAACUGAUUUCUUAUAUUCCUUUCAUCAGAACUUGAUGGAGAAGUUUGCCGAGUGCGUACAGGAUUCGGAACAACUCAAAUCAGCUCUGCUGGAGAUGCAGGUAUACAGUACGGAAAGUGGACCUUGUCGGUAAUGGAGUCCCAUGCAUUCAAUUACAACCUUUUUUUCCUGUGUAAACCCUGUAAGCAAGAGCCAUAUUAAUGGACCUACAGGGCCUGUAAGUUCUUAAAAGGAAACCUUCAUUUACUGGUUCACAAGGAACUUACAUAGCCUUAAAGCAAUGCGGUGAGCUAAAACAUACAAAGGCAACGGAAGAAUUUUAAGCAUCUUCCGGGUAGACAAGGUUCUCCUUCGCGUCAACCUCUCCGAGGCUGUAAUACCAUAAAGCUGAGUACAGAUAAAACUCCGUGUGAGCGGUAAUAUAGUGUCCUCACUUAGACAUAAGAUGAGGCGUGUGGGCUUAAGGGUACUUACUAUUACAUGGGAAAACCGGAAAUUCCGGUUGGGAAAUCAAAUGGUUCACGCCAUUCCGUUUGGGAAGCUUCAAAAAAUAUGGUUUGUGAUUUGCGAUGAUGCAAUUAUUUUAUACUCUUUUCAGCUCACAGUCUGUUCAGCUGAUUUGGAUAUACUUUGAAGCCGUUCGGUCUCCAACCUCGGCAAAUUUUUUUAUUACUUAAGUGAAUGUUACGUUAAUGAGAUAAGAGUGAAUUGGAGAAAAGCGGAGAAAAUCGGUACCUUUGGAACGCGUGUCAAGCAAGCUAAUGCUUUUCGUGAUUGAUGUUUACAGACGUUAAAACAGAAGAAACAAGAACUUGAAGAAAAGCUCAAAACCAAUAAAGAAAUUCUUAGAAAGACGCAAAUGGAGCUAGAAGACAAGGUGAGAUAUUGAGAAGGAAAAAAAUAAAAGACAACACUUGCUAAUAAGUCCUUUUCCUGAAUUAUUAUUAUUAUUAUUAUUAUUAUUAUUAUUUUUAAGGGAAACGUGAAAUUUUUUUUGUGUGGGCUAGAAAUGGCAAAAACCCUAACACUUAUUUUGUCCCUUUUUAAGAAAGAAAGAAUAACAAACAUUUUGAAAAUUUGAUUUUGAGCGAUCUUUCUGGUUUUGUUUUGUUUUGUUUUUCUUUACUCUGUUAACAGUCAGCAAAGGAUUUGAGUUAAGCUGGAUUUGAUCCACUUUGCCAUCUUAAAGGUUUCUGUUUAUCAACCGCUAGCUGUAAUAAAGCGUCCUGUCCCUUAAUCAGAGCAACUGUGGUUCCAAGCCCGGUCAGCUGGUGUGAUGCUGUGUUAACGGUACACACAACACGGAACAUAUGAUGUUCAUAUGACGUGCUCUUUGAACAGCUCGGCGUAAAGUUUUUUAUAACUGAGCAUAACAGUGAUCAGUGUUUUAGAUCUGGCUGUCUUCUCUUUACAGAAAAUCAAGUUGGCGGCUUUUGAAGAACACUUUGAAGCGAAGGUAUGUUGUUUUAUUUGUUGUGUAUGUGAAUUAAUAUGGUAUGUCCUAAGACUACGAGCUGUUCAACACUCUGUCAGUUUAGUCGAGGCUUAGCAGGGCUGGAGGGAUCAAGGGGACACGCAUAGGGAGGUGGACUGGGGAAGGGCGGCAAGAAAACUGACCAUCCCUCUCCUCCCACCUCCUAACCCGUGAAUUUUUCAAUUGUUCGUAACAUGCUUACUCGUACUACGCAUUCACGAACAGACUGCCAGGAAUCUCGUGUCCUUGGAAUCUUAUGGGACACUUGUAUUAAAAAACCAAAAAAAUGUUCUACGGACCGGAUGCUCAAGAGGUGUAUUAGUGUCCGCAAGACUUUCUUUCCCGAAACGGUGUAGACCUCUUUCAUAAUGGCGGCCUAUUGAUAUAUUCUUUUAUAUGUAUGAUAAUUAGCCUUUCUAAGCUCGUUUGAAAGUAAGUCUUUUGUAUUUUGCACAUGCUAACGAGGUCAGAAAGGCUAAUUAUCUUACCUACAAAAGAAUGUAUUUAUAAGCCGCCAUUAUUAAAGAGAUCUAUUUACUAAGUUUGAAAACAUGUCACUGAAUUGCGACUUAAACAUAUUUUAAACUUACUGAUUCUUUUUAUGAAUUUCAUUUUAAUGCAGGUGGAAGAAGUUGACAACAGAUAUUCCAUGAGAAUGCAAGGCCUGAUGUCAGAUAAUACCGACUUGAGGUAAAUACCAGCGACUAGCAAAAGGAUUGUUACUGUUUUCAACGAUUUAAUAAGUCUUCUUUGUAUCGUUUGUAGCACGAAAGGGCUACUUUAAGACACUUUUUUUUAAUACUUUACAGCCAAUUUAUAAGGACAGUGUCUGCCACUCUCAGUUAUUUUAAGACCCUGAGUACUGGUCCACCCGGGAGGGUCGAUCUCGUGACCUCCCGCUUUGCCAUUCAGAGUGAGGAAAGUGUGAAAGAGACAUGAACCAUGAAUUUUAAACAUGGAAAGUGCACAGAAACUAACCAUCUCGCGACAAGAAAUUGAUGCAGAUAUUCAUUGCAUAGGCUUCAAAUAACGCUUAACUAGUGGUGCUUCUCUAGGUUAUACCUCGGUGUUUUAGUGACAUUUAAAGGUUUUAUGCCAAUAUUAAAUUGCUUUACAUCAUCAAUAUCAUUUAUUAUCAUCAGCAUCAGCAUCGUCGUCGUCUUCGUCAUCGCCAUAGCCAUCGCCAUCGGCAUCGUCAUCAUCAUGCACUGUCCUUUGGCCAACGUCCUGUUCGCUAACUUCUGAAGUCGUUUGGCGCACGUGUUGCGUCAGUUCCCCAACUGCUUUCAUCUGAUCAGUGGUUGAAAGAACGAGGUAUACACAUGUGUAUCGCACUUUUUUGUAUCAUUGCUGAGAGAACGAAGCAUAUACAUGCGCAGCGCUCAUUUCACUUCUUACCGGAACGACAUAACACGAUAGCGAAUGGGACGUUGGCAAAACGACCGGUCACCCUUUAAAUUAUCUGGCCGUCGCCGUCUUGGUUGCCUCAGUUCCCUGCCAUCUGUCAUCAUCGUCAUCAUCAUCAUCCUCACUUUCUAUCAUCAUCGUCAUUGUCAUUAUAGUCAUCACCGUCAUCUGAUAAUCAUUAUUAUUAGCACUAUCAUCAUCGUCAUCACUUUUGUUGCUACUCCAAUCAGUGUCAGUCCUUAGUAGCCUACACUUACCAUGUGUUAAUGUUUUCAUCUCAGGCGUCAUUACAUCAAGAAAUGUGAACAGUUCUUUAAACUCAAAUCAGAUCAAGACGCAGAACAGGUAGGUUUCUUUACAUUGACUAUCAAUGUUCCUUAUAGUUAAAUACUGAGUACUUUUUGUUUUCUUGUGUAAUAGGAUAGCGCUAUCCGCACAGCCAAAGAUACACUCCAGGUAAAAACAAUACGCAAUUCCUUUACAACUUUAUAAUUACCUUAAGAUACCAUUUUUUGCUUAAGGGUACAGGUAGGGGAAUAUGUUUGCCAUCUGUUCACAUUAAAAGGGGACCAUGAUUCUCCGGAUUCAGUUAUGGCUUCACCACUCUUCCCGAUAGGAAAAAUGUGUCUACCCUUACUUACCGGGUUGCAGGUAAGGUCAUAACAAGUGGCUGGGGUAAGGGCGCACCAAUCACGAUGGCCAAAACCUAAAUUUUAAAACGUUUCAAAUUUUAAAACGUCACUCUGGCGUUUUUCAUCCUCUGCAAGCAAGGCAUGGUCGUUAGUUUUCAUUUGAAUAUGGGAAGUUUCAUUUGAGACUAAAUUUGAUUAUACAGUAGAACCUCGAUAACUCGAACUCGGACAACUCGAACUGCCCGCUAAUUCGAACUAAGUCCAAUUGACCUUAGAUUUCACUCCAAUUUCCAAUCAUUUUUACUCGAUUAUUUUAACUCGGAUAACUCGAAUUCCGCGCUAACUCGAACUAAAAUUCCCUUCCCUUGAUAUAAAAGUCACUGAAAUUUACCCCGAUAACUCGAAUUCUGGUUCUUUUAACUCCACUCGGAUGCUAUCCCAUCAGCUCUUCUUGUUGUGUUAGGGCAAAAACACUAAAACUAACGCUGGUCACUAUUAAAGGCAAUUUGAUUUUAAUUGGUGAAACGAACAGAUCACUUUUAAUCAUAAGUGAGUUACCGGGAUUCCACUGUAUUAUUGUAUUAAGUUGGCACGUCUUCUAAAUAAAACAUAGUCAUAACUUCCCAGCAUACAUACAGUUUAGAUUUUAACGGUACAUGAGUGGCCUAAAUUUAAGCUUCCAAAACUCGUCGUAAGUUAUUUUUCGCUUUUUUGUCAAACAGGCUGUUAUUCUAGCUCGAACAAGGUGUGACGUCAGUCUAACAGCCCUUCGAAACGAAAACCCAGAUUUGCGUAAACAAGAACCAAACACGCGUGAAAAACGACCGUUGAGCGCUCCAUCAACUCGAGAAGAAAUAUCUACAGCUGUGAGAUUAACUGCCCCAGUUAGCGAUAACAAAACGCCAACGAAUCAGCCGAAAAUGUUCAAGUAUAAGUCGGAGGUUAACAAACCAAGACCCCACACGUCUCACCAUGCUACCAUGUACAGUCCCAGGACCCUAAAUACGAGUGCGCGCUCUAACGCUCGAGAGAACCUGGUGCCUACGCCUGUGAACAUUUCAAAUCAAGGAAUACGAAAUCUGCGGACUCAGAGAGAAUUUUUAAGUUAA